ACAACCUCGGUGCGCAACCAGUUCACCAUACGCUGGAACCGUACGCAUCCAAGGUUGCAAACACUAUAUCGAGGAUAUAUUGAGGAGGAGUCACAGAACAGCUGCAGAGGGAUCGGGUGGAAGGUGCUCUUCCUGGCUCAUCGUUCAGAUGACAUUCAGCGGAAAAUAAUGAUCAUCCAUCUCCAGUGAAGGCAGCCGAACAGUCCCGGUAGUCUAUCGCUUCACAGUUGAAAAAAUUCACAAGAGACAAAAAUUGUAGACCCUCCUGCUCCUCGCCAUCAGCAUGCGGUGACUGGGGUCUGAAGACCCAGUGUGUCCGGCAGCAGAAGGCAGCUUAAAUGAAGGAUGAAGAGCCCAGUGCACAGAUACAGGGACGUAGACCAUGGGCGUGGGCAUUCCGGGGAUAGGGCAGGAGUAAACUGCCUACAGGCUGAGCAGCGAAUCCCCAUUUCCAAAGAUGUUAUCACUUCCUCCUCUGCCUCUGCCAUGUGGUUCAUCUGGGAUGCCUGCGGCAUAGUGUGUGCGGUCAUCACCUGGCUGCUGGUGUUGUAUGCCGAGUUUGUGGUGCUGUUUGUAAUGCUGCUGCCCUCCAAGAGUCUGACUUACUGCAUUAUGAAUGGGACCUUGUUCAACACACUGGCCUUCCUUGCCCUCUCCUCACACCUCAGAGCCAUGUGCACUGAUCCUGGGGCCGUACCUAAAGGGAAUGCUACUAAGGAAUACAUAGAAAGCCUUCAGUUGAAACCAGGGCAGGUGGUCUACAAAUGUCCAAAGUGCAGCAGCAUCAAGCCUGACCGAGCGCACCACUGCAGUGUUUGCAAACGCUGUAUACGGAAGAUGGACCAUCACUGCCCCUGGGUCAAUAACUGUGUUGGGGAGAGCAACCAAAAGUACUUUGUGCUUUUCACAAUGUAUAUUGCACUCAUCUCUCUCCAUGCUCUGGUCAUGGUGGUCUUCCAUUUCCUCUAUUGCUUUGAAGAUGAUUGGACAAAGUGCAGCUCCUUCUCUCCCCCUGCAACAGUCAUCCUCCUCAUAGUCUUGUGCUUUGAGGGUCUCCUCUUCCUCAUCUUCACCUCUGUGAUGUUCGGCACCCAAGUCCAUUCCAUCUGUACCGAUGAGACCGGUAUAGAGCAGUUGAAAAAGGAAGAGAGAAGAUGGGCUAAAAAAACUAAAUGGAUGAACAUGAGGGCGGUGUUCGGACACCCUUUCUCCUUAUUGUGGUUUAGUCCCUUCUCCACCCCUGACCAUGGGAAGGCUGAGACAUACCAGUAUGUGGUGUGAGAGCUCAGCGCAGGGAACGAGGCAGCCGGGUCGGAAACAAAUUGUGAGGCCUGGUCCAACCCCACAGAGCAGACGUUUGCCAUUUGGUUACUCCCAAUGCUGAACACGAUUUACACACUGUAUCAUGGACAGCUUCUCAUCUCUUUUUUUGUUGCUCUAUACAUUCAAUUUUGUGAUAAAUCGCAGAGAAAAGGAAACUUUCAGUUUGUGUAUCCUGUAUCCAACUAUGAUGAAUCUUUUUUUAUCUGACCUUCUCUGUGUUGUAUCAGAAAACCAUUUUCUCACUCUGUCUUGUCUUGCUUUUCCUUAAGAUUUUAUUUCAGCUAAUUUACAAGAAGUCAUUUAACCACCUUUCCCGAUUGAUUUCUUGUCAGUCAAAUAGUUUUAGAUUUAGGUACUGAAGUUUUAAGACAUACACUCUGAUAUUUCCACUGCCAUCCCAGUAAAAUAGAAAAGACAAAUUAGGGUUGCAACUUAUCAUUUAAAAAUAUAUAUAUUAUACCGAAAUGUAUCAAAUUUACUCCCAGAGAAGAAAAAUAGAACAACAAACAGGACAUUGCUUCUGGCAAUACAUACAUAUAACCCUAACCCAAACUAAUGCAUAUUUCAAAGCAACAAUUAAAUGCAACAAUUUUACCAUACAAAAACAGCUUGAAAAUCAUCUUGAUGUUGUGCCUCUCUCGUUUUCACUCUGGCCCUCUUCAGAAAUGUUAUCAACAUCUGAUCUGUGAUCUGAUCACAUGUGGUAAGAGUUAAGCGCAGGUCUGAACGCACCCAAAUGCGUCCUGAGAUCUGAUCACUCAAGCCAAAUGCGGAGGUGGAAGCAUGUAAUCAGAUUUUUGCUAAUUGAAUGCAAAUGCAAUCUGGGCCACGAAGGAAGGGCUGCAUACUCAUCUUACCUACCACAGUUUCACAACGAAUUACACAUUUAAUAAAGAAUCUAACAUGAUUACACAUCUCAGUGCCCAUAUUUUGUUUAUAGCCACAGCAAAAAUAUCAACCCUUAUCACAACAUAAUGAUUGACGUUCUCCUUAAUUGAUAAACUCCUCAGCUACAUGACAUUAAUUCAACCCCUCCGGACUCCUCUCUCCCUACCUCUUGCUUGCUAGCUCACACCAACUCAAAAAAAGCACACAGUAACAUCUGCAUAUUCAGUCUGGAUAAAACAUGAACUGAAAAAAAAAAUUGUAAUAUGUAAUUAUUUGCAUUUAGAGUGGAAAAGUGAGAUCUGAUUGCAAGUGGUCACAGGAGACAUAUUUAGGAUGCAUUUUAUGUAAAUUGUGACACAUACUUAAUGCUCUCUACUUGUGAUUGAAUCCCUCAGGAUGGGUGUUAAUACUAGGUGUGAACAGGGCGAACAGAGUUCGCUGUAUUUGUUUCAGGGACUGCACUUCCUGUUCAGGCCUUGUUUCAGUUAAGUGAGUGUGGCUACGCAAUGAGAGAUUGAAGGGCUGUGUUCUCUGUACAUGGAAAAACUGCAUAACGUCAACAACUCAGAGCUGUUACUCAGCACAAGUUACAUAAGUAGUUUUUAAGACAAUUCGGGGCUCCUUUCACACAUGCACAUCACAGUGGGAGAGACUCUGCUUAAACACGUCCACAACAGGAACCAAUCGUUUACAUGAUACAGGUAAGGGGUGGUACAGCAAUGAAUUCUGCUUCAGAGAUUACAUGCCUUUGUUUACACAUCGACACCAGCUUCGACUGACAUUGCCACAAACUGUCUUGACAUCUUCAUCGGGGUCUUCAUGUUUCCAUCUGUUGCGUGUCAGAAACAUCAUUAACAGAGGUUUACGAAACGUUAUUUAAUAUAUAGAUAGGUCACAUCUGCAUAAAUGAUCUCUGAAUUUUAUCAAUCAUCCAAUUUUAAUUGUAUAGCCCAUAUUCACAAAUGACAAUUUGUCACAUAGGGCUUUAACAUGUGUGACAUCCUCUGUCCUUAACCCUCAACAAGAGUAAGGAAAAACUACUAAAAACCCUUUCAACAGGGUUAAAAUACGUAGAAACCUCAGAGAGAGCCACAUGUGAGGGAUCCCUCUCCCAGGACGGACAGAAGAGCAAUAGAUGUCAAGUGUAGAGGAAAACAUAAUCAGGAUAAAGGUUUUAGCAGCAUUGAUGAGGGUAGACAUUUGAAGGAUAACUGAAGGUCAGAUACUUGAAGGUCAAGUAUCUGAGGAGAAAUACUAUAUUUCAAGCAGUCCUGCUGCAAUCAUAGUCUAUGGUCAGCAGCCAGCAAGAUCAUAAUCCACCAUCAAGAUCGGAUCCACUAUAGUCCACAGUCAUUGUCCACUGCCGCCAAUUAGGAUCCAUCAUCAGAUGCCACCUCGGUUGUGGUCCACCACCAUUAUCUGAUUCCAUUAUUAUUAUGAUCAGCCUGUGUUUUUAUGCCACACUUCAGAUGGAUACAUCUCAAUCUAGAAUACACAGCAAUUACAAAAUAAGGUCUGACUCUACAAAUGAAAAAAAAAAACAGAACAUAGAAGGCUGCUGUAACCAAGUGGUUACCAUGGUCAGUUGUCUCAGUACAGAGCACACAGCUUUCAGCUUAAAGAUCUCUUUAAUGAUGGACACAUACGUUUACUAUCCCCCCCUGCUUUUCUGUGGGGCUAUUCGCUCUGUUCUUUUGACUUUCAGAGGACCACAAUCCUGUGUGCAGCAUUCCUGUCUCCCUCUGUCACAGUUGUAAAAUACCCACCAGGCACAGCUGGAGGUGUCCCUGAUCCACCUCCUCAGCCACAGCUGUCAAUCAUUUUGAUUGAAGAUAAAAAAGUAUUUUUUUUUUCCUCCAAAGAAAAUCUGUUUGCCAGCUUGCUUUGCUUUGCCUUGUUUUGUUGAGACAUUUUUGCACUGUUAAUCUGGGAAAUUUAAUGGCCUUUUGUGGGCAAAAUUCCAAUGUCAACUUAUAGUAUCUGUAUCUGAAUUUUCAUAGAAAAGCUUAUCUUCCUGCAGUAACAGAUUUUCUCUGUUUUCUUCUUUUUUUUGGAGAAAAGCUUGGCCUACUGCAGUAACACCAAUUCUAUUCAAUGAAGGAUAAAAAAAAAAGAGUCUUGGCUAUACAAUUAUCUCGACUGGAGAAAAGUUUAAAAUCCUGUUAAAGAGAACCUGUGUAAAAAAAAAUUGAACUUCUGUAUAGAUAGAGCAUAUUAAGCAGCAUCUGGAUUGUAAUGGACUUCAAAGCCUCCAAAAUUGUAUUAACUUGACACUUACAGUUCACAUUUACACUAAUACUUACAUCGGCACACUGUAUCAUUUAAAAUGUUCACCUAUGUGAACCGAUCUCUGUAUUUUAUACCUCUGUUCUUUGUCCAAUUUUCUUUAGAAAUUUGAAUUCUGUCCAAAUAUUCUGGAGAUAUUUUCAGCACAGGCACAGAGAAUCAUUGUUUCUCAAUUGCAAUAAAAUAACUAUGUUUGCCCACUUUAUUUGUAAUAGCUAACUGUGUUUUUCAAUAUUUAAAUAAUGUUUAAAACAUUUUAUUUUUACUUUCCCCUAACACACUCCUAUACUCAUUCACCCUUUCAUUGUUAAAUUUCACUUCUGUCUUUUACCCUUCUCCCACUUUACUGUUUGUAAUCUGACCCUUUUCUCCCAAUGUUCUCUCCACUCUCAUGCAUUUGCUUUGGUUGAUAACGCACUCUGCCAAAAGCUUUCUGAAGCAGACGGCUCUUUAAACAUUGACAGAGGUAAGCUUGGAUAAGAGAUCAUGUUAAAAAAUCCCAUCAAGCUAAACACAUCAUAAGCGUGCUGAUUUCAAUCAUGAGGUCAAAGUGCACUACUUAUUUCUUUUCUUUUUUCUUUCAGUUUUAGAUUCAACUAAACAUAUGUUUGAAUGAGUGACCUCUGUAUCGCUUCUGCUGUUUUUUAAAAAUAUUUUGUACGGUUUCUUAUUCCAAUUAUUAAUCAAUUUCAAGUUGCACGUGAGCAGUUUUGUGAUUUAAAUUAAUCUUGGGCCUGUUUCUUAGAAAACAAGUGAAUUCAGUCUGGUAAAAUUAUUCUCGAUAGGGAUUUUAGGAAAGUCAGACAUUCGUAUUCCCUUAAAGCAACAUCUGUAAUGAUUCCUUCACCCACCCUUAUUAGAUCAAAAUAUUUUUUUCAAUUGUUUUUGUAUUGCAUUUUUUUAGUGGACCUGGAAAAAAAUUAAGAGGACUACAGAUUUUGUUCGUCAAUUUUUGCAGUAUAGUCACUCUAGGACAGGAU